AUGGAGAACUCCAACCAGACACUUUCUAGUUGGUUCUUCCUGCUUGGAGUAUCUACUGUCCCUCACCUUCAGGUUCCAGGUUUCCUUUUAUUUUUGGUGAUGUAUAUGAUCACAAUGGCAGGAAACUGUCUUCUUCUCAUUACAGUGAGGAUCAGCCCAAUGUUACACACCCCUAUGUACUUCUUCCUCAGUAAUCUUUCUUUAAUUGACAUUGGUUUCUCCUCCACAGUAGUUCCUGUAAUCCUCAAAAAUACUCUUUCCACAGACAAAAGUAUUUCAGUGGGGGGUUGUGUUUUCCAGAUGUUCUGCUAUUUAGUAUUUGGGGUAGCAGAAUGCGUUUUACUUGCCGUCAUGGCUUACGAUAGGUUUGUGGCCAUCUGUAGACCACUGCAUUACAGCAGUAUUAUGAACAUGCGGUUUCACAUCAUCUUAGCCUUAAUACCAUGGAUGGUUGGUUUUGUAAACUCUUCCAUACAAGUGAGCAUCACCUGGAGACUUCCCUUCUGCAGGACUCAUCAUAUCAACCAUUUGUUUUGUGAAGUACCCCCUUUCUUACGAAUUUCCUGUAGAGAUCCUUGGCUGAAUGAGAUAGCCAUGUAUGUAGCAGCCGGGACCAUUGUUUUGUUUUCUUUUCUCUUGACAUUGAUUUCCUAUGUUUAUAUAAUCUCCACCAUUGUAAGAAUCCGUUCCUCACAUGGAAGACAUGCAGUUUUUUCUACAUGUACCUCCCACCUCACUGUUGUCACCCUCUAUUAUGGAACCAUCAUGUCCAUCUAUCUUCAACCUCCAUCUUCUCACUCUCUGGAAACAGACAACACUCUAUCUGUUCUCUAUACAGUGGUCACUCCGAUGUUGAAUCCCAUCAUCUACAGCAUAAGAAAUAAGGAAGUAAAAAACUGUAUAAUGAAUAUCAAAAAUCUAGCAAAUUUGUCUAAAAACAUUUUGAUAUAA